UAUGAUUGGAUAUUGUACCGUAGUUGGAUUCUUUUCCUCGCAAACAUUCCUCUCUCCCUCCUCCCUCACCAAGAUCGAUGAGAGCGCGCCUGGUGCUSAUUGAAUUCACAACGCACUUUUAACCCGAGCUGGGGUUCUCAUACAAUUGCGUCGAGAGAACGAAAACAAAACUCAAUGACCUCGUGUUCGCGAAUCGGUCGCAGUGGAAGACGGUAUUCUUCCUUGGUUGUCGGCCGGGAACAACGCAUUUCCCGGAGGCCUGGUUUCCAACGGCGGUUUUCGGGAGCAAGCGGUGGCAACGGMAGCGAACGAGUCGCCACCGAGAUCGAUCCCUCUACCGGAAUUUGCCGUGUUCAGCUGGCCCGCCCCGAUAAACUCAAUGCCUUCGACAUUCCCAUGUUCGAAGCGGUUGCCGAAACAGCCACCAGGCUCAAAACCGACCGUUCCAUACGGGUCGUCAUUCUGAGCGGACAAGGACGUGCCUUCAGCACGGGACUGGACGUAAAAUCGGUUCUGAAGGACGGGGACCCGCGGAAGAAAAUCAAACACCUCAUCGAACGACGCUCCCGGCCGUGCUCGGUGCCGUGGAACGAGGACCAAGACGUCAAACAAAUCACGAGCAACCUGGCCCAGGACGUUUCCAUUCUGUGGCGUGAGCUGGAYGCACCGGUCGUCGCGGUCUUGCAGGGCAUGUGCUACGGGGCCGGRCUGCAGGUGGCGCUCGGCGCGGACUUUCGGUACAGCACCCCGGACUGYCGGCUCUCCGUCAUGGAGGGGAAGUGGGGCUUGAUUCCCGACAUGGGAGCGAGCAUUUUGCUCCCGGAGCUCGUGCGAAUCGAUGUUGCCAAGGAGCUGACGAUGACGGCCAGGAUCGUCGGUGGGUCGGAAGCCGCCGAUCUGGGGCUGGUCACCCGCGUGUGCGAGGAUCCGAUGAGGGAGGCAGAACUCUUUGCGGAGGAGCUCGUGGAGAGAUCCCCCGAUGCCGUUGCUGCGGCAAAGCGGCUCUACCAGAGAACCUGGACRGCCUCCGACGAGGAAUCCCUCCGCAUGGAAACCGAGCUCCAGGAACAAUUGCUCGUGUCGUGGAACCAGCUAGCUGCGUCGGGGCGUGCCGCGCUCGGAUUGGGCGUUCCGUACACAAAACGAAAGCGAUAACACAAGUUUGUUCUAGCCGAAUACAAAAAGGAACGAAGU